CUCGAACACCGCGACGCGUCGAGCGGCUCUACGCGUCCGCGCGGGGCGAGCUGCUCGGACGGUCCGACGGCAACACGAGCGUCGGCGGCGGACAAGCGUCCAAAUCCAGCGACGGUGGAAACAUUUUUCGCGGCAGAUGGGGGAAACAGCCAGGCGGGGUUAGGUUGCAGAGAGUCGACCGUGAAAGUGACAUUGGACGGUCGCCAGCAGGCUGCAGAGCAGAGCAGAGCAGAGCCGGGCAGCCAUCGGUGGGGAUGGCCUUUCAACGGUGGCAAAGGGGUUUCCCCUUUCAUCGACAUCCAAUCACGAGCUGCACACGCAGUGACGUGACAUUUAGACAGUGUCGAGGUUCCCUCUAAUUUUAUAUCAUGGUGCAAUUUGACCCUGGAAAUGGAAUGAGAUAGUAAUUACAUUUGCCCCCCUUGACGGACGCCCUUGAUGACCUAACUCAGGGAAAAGUGAAUGAAGCCUGUGAUGGCCUAAAAGAAAAGUUGACAAAGUGUUUCAUACAAUACAACACCCAUAUGCAAGGUAACAGUAGAUAAAAGAGGUUACACUGGAGUCUGGGCAUGUAAGGGUUGCAGUAAAUCUAUAAAAUUAUUGAAAUGAUAGCUAUUUAUAAUGUCCAUUGUCUUAAUGGAGGACAGAAUACCAUGUAAAUCAUAUAGUGCCUGUAAAAUGAAAGCACUCAAAAUAUUCAGCCUUCAUUUUCAAGCAAUUUAAAUCAUUCAAGAUUUUAAAAAGACAGCUGUUCAUCCUCAAAUAAUUCUUUUAGAAAUUAAAACAAAACCAUAUUACAGUUACGAGUAAAGGCGGUCGUCAGCUUAGGCAAAGGAAGGCAACUGGUCCAACUUAACCUCAACUUUUUCUGUAUCAUCCUCUGACUGCCACCUUAUAUACUACCCCCCUUCAGUGGGCACAGAUGCACCCAGAUAAGUGUACCUACAGGCAGCUCGAAGGGGGGGAUGACAUGUGACAGACGUGUGAUCUCAUGAGACACGCAGAAACAAUGAGGUGUAAUUAAAACAGCAAACUGAUGCCAUCCCCAUUUCACCCUUAUGCUUGUUGUGCAACAAAACAAUGUGUUCACUGGCUCUCCUCUAGUUUAUUUAAGUGCCAACCUCAUUAAUUCCUUCCUCCUGCUUGGACUCAUUAAACCUCUCACUGCACCUUCUGCCUCGUUUUCCCCUCUUCAGUCUCCUAUUUCUCUGUGAACUUUGUUUGCCCCCACGCUUUCCCUCUCCUCUCUGCCAUAAUUUUCUCCUCUGGUUUGUGCGGAUUAGUCGUUAUCUGCUUUUUAAAGAUUCCACCCCUUUUCCUGACUAUUAAUUUCUCUCCUAUCUCAUUGUUUCUUCCCCCAUCACAUCUUCCUGCAUAAUUCGUAUUAUUAAAUCCUUUAUUCUUCUCCACAGUCUCAUCUUUUUUCUUCUGCUCUCCUCUUUUUCAGGGGUUCUAAUGUUUCUUUACUUUUGUCUUCCUUUGCUAUAUUUCCCCCCUCAUAUAUUUUCUCCAUAUUGUCUCUCCAUACGUGCGACUUAUGCUUUCCUGAUGGUCUUUUUCCCUGCUUUCUCCCUUUAAUCUCUUCUCCAGCAUCCUGUUCUCCUUUCAUUUUUCCCCCAACUUCCUUUUACUUCAUCCAGCCAUCCAGAGUAACGCAGACCUACUUGUCAUCCUUGCUGCCAGCUCUUCUGACUUUACUCUUACAAACAACUUCUGUCUAUCAUCUUUAAUCCUGCAUCCGUCUCUAUUUUUAAACCAUAUUGUCUUCGAACACUAUUAUAAUUGCUAUAAUUUUUUUUCCUGAUUGAUGUUCAUAGCCACUCACCUUGAUGUUUUCACAAACUGCAGAGUCGCUGGGAAUAUAAAUUAUCCCAACUGCAUAUUCUUUUAAGAAUACAGAUACAGUAUUUCAAAUAUUGCAGCCUUUAUUCUUGUGCAUCCCACCACACAUGAAUUGAAAAUAUGGCAUUUCUCUUAUUUUUCCGUCAUAUAAUAAUCCAUGCACAUGACAGACAUACUGGGGUUAAGGUUUAUGAUAAGUAAGUACAACAAACCUCAUGUGUUAUUCAUGAGAUUCAACACUUGUAUAUUUCCUCCCUACUUCCUGCCCAUCCGCUCAUCUUUCCAUCUCAGAGGCAAAAAGCCUCUCAAGUGAACACCCACAAAAACUAUCAACAACAAUAAAGCACUUAGCUGGGGAACAACCCAUCUUUGUUUUCAGAAACGUGAAAAAUCCAAUGUAACCACCCUUUUUUCCUGCAAACAAAUCAAUGCAAUACUUCUGGUUCUGGUUCGUUAUUUGGGUGGUUUUGCAGAUGGAAAGGUCCUCCCGUGCUGUUUUCGUUCUGCCUCUCAUGAGCUGGAGCUCAAAUGUGUGAUAUUAUGUUCUGUCUGCUUAUCAGUAGCAAAUUGCCUUGUGGAGACAUGAUCACUAAAUAAGUGUAAGCAUCCUUUAUGUGCUGGUAAAAUCCCUCCAUUUAAGUGCUUCACCUCACUUGUACCUGUUCUCAGAGAUUGAAUUACUACAGGGUAAUGGAAACCAUGCAGAGUGCUGUGGGACAUCCUUUUCCCACAAAACAACCGUUUAAUCACAGACAAACAUUGGGCAGCGUGCCACAUUAUAUAAAUCAAUGUCUAUAUGUGAGUGAGUGGAGGACAGACAGAGAGAACUCGGAAAGAAAGAAAGAAAGAGACUGUCUCUUGUGAGGGAACACAUAUCCACAUACGGCCACUUCAAAGUGUCCAUCUUUGCUUUGUGUCAGAUACACCUGACUCAAGUAAACACAAAUCCAAGAAUGAAAUCCAUAUUUGCAGGAAACCUGGGUCAAUAUCAGGCUCAUCAUAAUGGAUCUUAAUUGAAGCAAUAAAAGGAUAAAAUUAUGAAAAGAUUGGCCUUUAAUUGCUCCCUUUGUACUAAAUAUCUUCCCCGGGUGGUUGGUAUGAGGACAGAACUGUAAUGAAAGAUUAACGUGGAUCAUCAAACUUGACUGCUGCAGAGUGAAGCGUGUGUGUGUGUGUGUGUGCGCGUGCGUGUAGGAGUAAGAGCCCACUUCAAACACAUCCACAUUUUUCACACGGUCUGACCAGAGCAAACAUCGCUCUCUCCCUCCCCUCCACUGCAAGGUUUCACCGUCGUCCAGUGUCACGAUCUUCAGCAUCUUUUUCUCAACUCUUUUUUCUUUUUCUCUUCUCGUCACUCUUUUGUGACUCUUUUGUGACUGUUCCUGUUUUUUGUGUGGCUUUUUAACAACCGUCCAGCUACGAUUUCCCCCCCUUCCUCUCUCCAGUGAUGUCGUCUCUUUUGAGGGAGGAGAUGCAGAGAGUUUUAUUCCGACCAGCUAAACAGAGACUGGUGGAGUUUAUUGAGAUUGAAGAGCCGACGCAAGGACGACAUUUUCUUUGUGUCGCAGUUGCAAAGAACAAAGUGGUGCAGGUAAGUAUAGUGCGAUGUCAGAUAUCUCAGCCAUCACUUAAGUCUGGAUCCAAGAGUUCCCUCACUACACGCUCCAACAUUCAGGACAGCUACAGGAGGACUGAGAUGUGGUCCCUGCAAGACCUGACUCUCGUUGACGGACGGGACCCUGAUGUGGAUGACCCCUGUUUCCUGCUGCACUUUGACAAGGUGCGGACGGUGACGGCCAUCAGCUGCUCGGCCAAAUACGCCUUUGUGCGAGCCCUGGUGGCUCUCAGCGAUCAGCACUGUCAGAGGUCACUGAACCUGCGGAACUUUGACUGGACCUACAUCAAGCCCACCUCCUUCUACUCCAACAGAGGAGACUGCGUUGUUCUGACACAGAUAUGCUUCUAUGCAUUCAAUUUGGUGUGUCUGUCCAUGUGUCCCGUGCCCCUGGAUGCAUAAUGGAAUGAAACAAUGACUAUGUGUGUGUGUGUGUGUGUUUGUGUGUGUAUGUGCGUCAGUAAUAAUACCGUGGCAGAUUUAUUGUAUAUAAUUUGUCUUGAGAAGGAGGUGUCGGGUAAAUGUAGGCUUAUUGUUGCUUCUGUUACACAAAUAUAGAGCUUCGAUGUGGAGGGAUUUACCAUGAAAUUUAUUUUGCAUUAGUGUUCUGCUGAAUGUAUCUUCAUGGCCAAUGCGAGUUUCUGGCAGCUUCGUAUUUGUUAACUGUAUCAUCUACUUUUGUGAUCUUUUAAUUACGUAUCCCUGAAAGUAAUGUAUUCCGUGUGCUACUGUGAAAAAAAUAUCGAUUUCAAAUGGAGAAGAAAUAAAGCAAUUCCAAAAACCCUGUCUUAGAUAUUUUAAAACUAACUAGAAAUUGCUUAUGUGUAAUCCCUUAUAUAGAACAUUUUAGGCAUAUUUGUGUUAUUCAAGACCAUCUACCUUUUACACUGUAAAACAUUGAAGUAUGAAUUACUCUGUAAGAAUACUCCAUUACAGUAAAAUGUCAGCAUUGAAAAUGUUGCUUAAGGAAAGGCAUACAAGUUUAAUCAACUAAAUGUAUUUCAAGUAUUACAUGUAAACAUAUUCAAUAUAAAGAAACCUUCUGUGACUGUUUUACAUUCUAUCAUGAGAUUAUUGAUACUGAUGCAUUAAUGUGUAAACAUAAUUUUACUGUUAUAUUUGCUUGAGGUUUUGAACUUGUAAACUAAUGAAUAUUUGCAUUAUGGAGCAGUUAACAUCCUGAAUAUUUUCUCAAAUUACCAACUGAUCGCUUUGUUCGUAAAAAGUUAGAAAAAAAUGAGAAUGCCUGUCCGAAUUAUCCAUGAGUCCAUGAAAGUGAUACCUUUACAGUACUUGUUUUUUCCAAACAAUAGUCCUCAAAAUAAUUAUAAUUAUUAAAAGGAAAUGCAUGCCACAAAUCCUCACAUUUGAGAAGCUGGACCUUUGAACUGUUUUUUUUAAAUUAACAUGAAAUAUUACUUAAAGGAUAAAUAAAACAGUUAUCAAU